AUGGCACUCAUCAACCGCAUUGUGCCCUUUGCGGCCGUCCUGGCCUUGCUGGCUAGCUCGGCGAUGUCCAUCGACAUGACAUAUUGCGCCAGUAUCAAUACCGCGUCGGGGUCCGGUAAUUUGAGUGAUUAUCAAUCCACCGGGUUGUGCCACGACUUCUGCGUCGACACAUACGCCUUUGCCAUCUUGCAGGACUCGGACUGCUGGUGCAGCAACUACGAACCCGAUCCGUCGAUCCAGAUCGAUGUCGAUAAGUGUGACCAGAACUGUCCUGGUUAUCCUGACGAUAAGUGUGGAGGAGAUGGUCUAUGGGGAUAUAUGUUGCUGGACAAAGCACCCGCCGGUACCAAGGGUGGUGAAACCUCGACUCCCACGACGACAACACCAAAGCAGGAGACAACCCAAGCUGCGACGACCCAAGCUACGACGACAAAACAAACGUCUACUGAGCCUACGACGCCCAGCGUCUCAAUCGCUACAGUUACCGAGGGUGGACAGGUCAGCUUGCACACAGUGACUGUCAUGCCGACGGUGACUGCUAACCCAGCCAACGAAGCCGCCUCGGCCGGUGCCGGUGCAAAGGAUCUCACGUCCAGUCCACAUGGACUCAGCACAGGUGCAGCAGUCGGUACUGCCGUUGGGGUGCUAGGAGCUAUUGUCGUUAUGGGUAUCCUAGGGGUGUUAUUCUGGCUUCGACGCAAGAGACGGCUACAAGAGCAGGAAAUGGCGGACAAUCCCGGAAGCCUGCGAGGAAGCUCAGCCGGCAUGAUGGGUACGUCAACCACCGCAAUGGGAUCGAUUUGGGACGGUGAAAACAUGUCGAUGGGCCGAAGGAGCAGUCGUCUGAUGCCCCACGAUCCUCGUAUGGAUCCCUAUACGACAAAUAUCUACACACGCUUCGACAACAAAAGCCACGAGAGUGUCAAUACGCUUCAGGACAAUCAAGAUUACUCGAGAAAAGUACUCCGAACAACAAACCCGGACCCGCCUGACGGCCGUUAA